ACUGCAUCCACCUUUGCUUCACUUUCCUACUUUCGUCUGAACAGUUGUGGUGCGGACGUGCGGGAGUCUUGGUGCAUAUCCUGGAUGGAAAUGGUGGGUAUGGAUUGGGAACAGGGGAGCCUCUUGAAUGAGCUAACACAAGGGAAAGAUCUGGCUAAGGAACUCCAGAUCCAUCUCAAUCCUCCUGCUUCCACUGAAACGCGGCUCUUCUUAGUCGAGAAAAUACUCUGUUCCUAUGAGAAAGCACUCUCCAUGCUGAAUUCUGGGGCACUUUCCGGCAUGCUAGAAGCGCAGCCCUCCGCCGCCAAUAGCACCCUCGACUCCUCCGACCUAAAAGAUAUCUCCAAAAAGAGAAAGAUAAUGUCGACGUGGACCAAACGUGUUCGGGUUUGCUCUGGAUCAUCCCCGGACGUUCCUCUUGAUGAUGGAUAUAGCUGGAGAAAAUAUGGGCAGAAAGUAAUUCUUGGUACCAAUCAUCCAAGGGGAUAUUAUAGGUGCACUCACCGUCACUCUCAGGGAUGUGUGGCCACUAAACAAGUUCAGAGAUCGGAUGAAGAUCCUACCCUCUUUGAGGUUACCUAUCGAGGAAGGCAUACAUGUAUGCGGUCAUCCCGUUUGGCGGCGACGGCCGCGGCCGCAGUGGCAACAGCACCGGCUGUGGAAGAAUAUCCCAAAGAGAAACCAGAGCUACCAGAGGGGGUGGUGUUGAACUUUGAAACAGAGCUUCAAGUUAAGGCGGAGUCGUUGGACUCCAAGGAGGAAAUAUUCCCAUCGUUUGCUUUCCCUUACGCCUCAGCUGUGUUGGAGGAAGUCGGAAACGAUAUUUUCCCCGAAUCCAUGGUGGAUAAUAACCUAAUGGGUAGCUUUUCCCCUGCUUUUAUAUCUCCGGCCACUUCCGAAUCCAAUUACUUCUCAGUGUCGCCGUGCGACUUGGGUAGCUUCGGGAGAAGACAGUCGUCGGAAUCUGAUCUUGCAGAGAUAAUUUCCGGACCACUGGCUUCGGUGCCCAAUUCACCAAUCGGAGACUUUGAUUUCACAGUCCUAUUGGACACAAGUUUCUCAUUCGGCAAUCUUGAUUGCUUAUCUUGAUAAAAGAAUUUUACUUUCUGUUUGAAGAAGACAGAAAACUAAUAGAUAAUAUUACAAAUUGCGACCUGAUAUCUGAUUCCAGCCACCAUUCGAAGAGACUUUGGGGCAUAUUCAGAAAGGUUGUGAUCGGAAAGCGUUGCACCAAAGGUCCUUAUAUUAUAUGGAUGAUGGGGUUGAGAAUUUUACUUUCCCUAAGUAGUUCAUAUUUUUUUUUUUCCCCAAAAGAAUACUUAAGAUUUUUUUUUUCUUAGGCUUAUGUUGUCUGUUGUAACUUGUAACCUAAUCUAUGACAAAGUUGUCAUUUUCAUCCUUGUAUAAUCAAUGUUUUAAUUUUUGAGUUGUAAUGGAUUUAGGCAGCAACUGGGAUUGCAGUGUAGGGUUAUAGAAUAGUUAUGGCUUUUCUCAUGUUGUGAAAUUACAAAAAUUAGGUGUUUUCUUUCUUAUAAUUAUUUUUGUAAAGUAUUACUACACAUUUGUAUGAGGGGAAAAUGUUUACUAGUCGUCAUAUCUAUAAAAAAAUCAAGUAAAA